AGAUCCAGGGGUGCGCGCGCAGUCGAGCGACACAAGGUCGUUACUGCAGCGGUUAAACAUGAUGUCUAUGGCUGCCCGCUCAGGGGUGUUUUCCCCUUACAUGCAGGCCACUGCUUUCGCAGUUGCGGGGCCGCUGAAAGCUCUUGUUCCCGGGGUUGUUGUAAAGGGAGAGAAUAUUCUGUUGAACCCGAAGAAACAGUUUUUGUGUCGCGAGUCGCUACACGGUCAAAGCCCAAAGACAGGCCCUGCUGUGACAGUUAGCAUCAAUGGAUCUGCAGGAGUCAGAUUUGCUCAUACAGACAUCAGAGUACCAGACUUUUCUGACUACAGGCGUCCAGAGGUGCUCGACCCCAGCAAGUCGUCUCAGGACAGCAGUGAAUCCAGGAGAACCUUCUCUUACCUGGUUACCGGGGCGACAGCGGUGGUGAGCGUCUACGCUGCCAAGACGGUGGUCACUCAGUUCGUUUCUUCCAUGAGUGCCUCAGCUGAUGUCUUAGCCAUGUCCAAGAUAGAAAUCAAACUGAGUGACAUCCCUGAAGGCAAGAACAUGACCUUCAAGUGGCGAGGCAAACCGCUGUUUGUUCGUCACCGCACAGAGAAGGAGAUCGCUACCGAGGCUGCCGUCAGCCUCGCAGAGCUGCGAGACCCUCAGCACGAUAAGGACAGAGUCAUCGACCCCAGCUGGGUCAUCGUGCUGGGAGUGUGCACACAUCUGGGAUGUGUACCCAUCGCCAAUGCCGGCGAAUACGGCGGCUACUAUUGCCCCUGCCACGGCUCGCACUAUGAUGCCUCUGGCCGCAUCAGGAAAGGCCCCGCCCCCCUCAACCUGGAGGUACCUUACUACGAGUUUCCAGAUGACGACACAGUGAUUGUGGGAUAAAUGGCA